AUUCACUCACUCACUCACUCACUCACUCUCUCUCGCUGCUGCCAUUAUUAAAAGAGUGAAGAGAGAGCGAGUUAUAGAACCAUACUUCAAAUCAUUUUCAUUCCAUUUUCUUCUCUCUGCGCCUUCUUAGGGUUUGGGUUUCUGCUUGUGCUUCUGUCACUCAUUCUGGAGAUGGCUUCUUCGGGGCCAAAUGGAACUGACAACGGGGAUUCGUUGCCUCCCCCGCCUCCUGUUGUCCCAUCAGAUGUUGUACCUGUCAAAGCUGAGCUGGAGAAGAAGAAGGCUUUGCGGCUUCCAAUAGCCAGGCGUGGCCUUGCUUCAAAAGGGACAAAGCUGCAACUUCUCACCAAUCACUACAGGGUGAACGUUGCAAAUACUGACGGGCAUUUUUAUCAGUAUAGUGUUGCUCUUUUUUAUGAUGAUGGACGACCUGUGGAGGGUAAGGGUGUAGGGAGGAAGCUUCUGGACAGGGUGCAUGAGACGUAUGAUUCUGAAUUGAAUGGGAAGGAUUUUGCAUAUGAUGGUGAGAAGACUCUGUUUACUCUUGGGUCUCUUGCUCGCAACAAGCUUGAGUUUACGGUCGUUUUGGAGGAUAUUAUUGCUUCCAGAAACAAUGGAAACUGCAGCCCAGAUGGCAAUGGAGAACUGAAUGAGAGUGACAAAAAGAGGAUGAGGCGCCCUAAUAGAUCCAAGGCAUUUAAAGUUGAGCUUAGCUAUGCUUCAAAGAUUCCAUUGCAGGCCAUUGCCAAUGCUCUACGUGGACAGGAAUCCGAGAAUUAUCAAGAAGCUAUAAGAGUGCUUGAUAUCAUUUUGAGGCAACAUGCUGCUAAGCAAGGCUGUUUGCUUGUGAGGCAAUCGUUCUUCCACAAUGAUCCCAAGAAUUUUGCUGAUGUAGGAGGAGGUGUACUUGGAUGCAGGGGUUUCCAUUCUAGCUUUAGAACUACACAAAGUGGACUGUCUUUGAACAUAGAUGUCUCAACCACGAUGAUAAUUACCCCUGGGCCUGUGGUGGACUUCCUAAUAUCCAAUCAAAAUGUGAGAGACCCCUUUUCACUUGACUGGGCCAAGGCCAAGAGGACAUUAAAAAAUCUGAGGAUUAAAGCGAGCCCAUCUAAUCAAGAAUUCAAAAUAACUGGGAUUAGUGAACUCCCUUGCAAAGAUCAAACGUUUACCUUGAAGAGAAAAGGUGGUGAUGAUGUUGCUGAGGAAGAAGUGACAGUAUAUGAUUAUUUUGUUAAUAUCCGCAAGAUAGAUCUUCGAUAUUCUGGGGAUCUCCCAUGUAUUAACGUUGGAAAGCCAAAAAGGCCAACUUAUAUCCCUCUUGAGCUUUGCUCUUUGGUAUCCCUGCAACGUUAUACAAAAGCACUAUCCACUCUUCAAAGGGCUUCAUUGGUGGAGAAGUCCAGGCAGAAGCCACAGGAGAGGAUGAGGGUUUUGACUGAUGCACUUAAAAGUAGCAAUUAUGGUUCCGAACCAAUGCUACGUAAUUGUGGGAUCUCUAUAAGCCCCAACUUUACUGAAGUUGAGGGUCGGGUUUUACAAGCUCCGCGGUUAAAAUUUGGUAAUGGGGAAGACUUCAAUCCUAGAAAUGGGAGGUGGAACUUCAAUAACAAGAAAAUUGUCAAGCCAACUAAAAUAGAAAGAUGGGCUGUGGUUAACUUCUCUGCACGCUGUGAUACACGAGGGCUUGUGAGGGAUCUCAUUAAGUGUGGUGGAAUGAAAGGAAUUGUGAUAGAUCAGCCAUUUGAUGUGUUUGAAGAAAAUGGUCAGUUUAGGCGUGCACCGCCUGUGGUUCGAGUAGAGAAGAUGUUUGAAUUGGUUCAGUCUAAACUUCCUGGGGCUCCUCAGUUUCUUCUUUGUCUGCUUCCUGAGAGGAAAAAUUCUGAUCUUUAUGGUCCAUGGAAGAAGAAGAAUCUUGCUGAGUUUGGAAUCGUGACUCAGUGUAUAGCUCCGACCAGGGUCAAUGACCAAUAUUUGACUAAUGUUCUGUUGAAAAUCAAUGCUAAGCUUGGUGGCCUGAACUCAAUACUAGGUGUUGAGCAUUCUCCUUCUAUUCCUAUUGUUUCUAGAGCACCAACCAUUAUUAUUGGCAUGGAUGUGUCUCAUGGUUCGCCAGGGCAAACAGAUAUUCCUUCAAUUGCCGCGGUGGUCAGCUCCCGAGAAUGGCCACUAAUAUCAAAGUAUAGGGCUAGCGUCCGUACCCAGUCUCCAAAGAUGGAAAUGAUUGAUAAUUUGUUCAAGAAGGUUUCUGACAAGGAGGAUGAAGGCAUAAUGAGGGAGCUUCUACUUGAUUUCUAUACAAGUUCUGGGAAUAGAAAGCCCGAUAAUAUAAUCAUAUUCAGGGACGGUGUUAGUGAGUCCCAGUUCAAUCAAGUUUUGAACAUUGAACUUGAUCAAAUUAUCGAGGCUUGCAAGUUUUUAGAUGAAAAGUGGAACCCCAAGUUUUUGGUGAUUGUUGCUCAAAAGAACCAUCAUACUAAAUUCUUUCAACCUGGAGCUCCUGACAAUGUUCCUCCUGGAACUGUAAUUGAUAACAAAAUUUGCCAUCCUCGGAAUUAUGAUUUCUAUAUGUGUGCACAUGCUGGAAUGAUUGGUACUAGCAGGCCCACACACUACCAUGUUCUGUUAGACGAGAUUGGCUUUUCACCUGAUGAUCUACAAGAGCUUGUACAUUCAUUAUCAUAUGUGUAUCAGAGGAGCACCACUGCCAUUUCUGUCGUUGCUCCAAUUUGCUAUGCUCAUCUGGCUGCUACUCAGAUGGGUCAGUUUAUGAAAUUUGAAGACAAAUCUGAGACAUCUUCGAGUCAUGGUGGUUCUGGUAUGCCUGCUCCUCCCGUCCCUCAGUUGCCAAGAUUGCAGGAAAAUGUUUCGAGCUCAAUGUUCUUUUGUUGAAGGAUCUGUUGCAGUUCUAGGGAUAGUGAUAACUGAUAACAGUGCUGUUUAUAAGACUUCAUAGGAUAGUUUUUUUGUUUGAACCGUUGACUAUGGGCGCCAUUGGUAGUAGGAAAGGAUUAUUAUACAUGUAAAAAGGCAUUUUGCUUAUGCCUUUACAUGUGUUUAGUCUUUAACUAUUUUGAUACUGUUGCGAGCGAAGUCUUUCGCUAUUUUGAAGAUUGUUAAGGUUUAUGUGAUUCCUAUGGCGCUCUUGAUCAUUUUCUAUUUUAGUUGUGGUUUGCAUGAAUCAAAAGAUUAAAUGGGUAUAUUACUGUUCUUAUUUACGGAUAAAAUC